AUGAUGAAAACAAAAUCAAUUGCUGAGUCUCAGCUUGAUGAAGAGUACCCAGCUCUUUCAACUGUCACAGCCAGGAGAACUCAGUCAACCCCAUAUAUCAAUCAAAUUCAGCAACAGCCUCAACAAAUCACGCCUGAACAAACAAAUCCAUGGAAAGAAUUCGAACCAUACAACAUAAAUUCACCCGAAUCAUUCAUUCAAGCAGAUCUAUCGCCACAGGAUCUUGGUUAUGCAUUAACAAAAACGUUAGGAUUAAUUCCAGAUGCGCCAUACGACGUUGCUGUUAAUUCAAAACCAACUCCAACUGGCAAACAACAGCAAAACAAUGGAUAUCCAAAAAUGCCGUAUUUAAAGCUAUUACAGCCUGAGUUUUUCAAGAAAUAUGAUAACCAAACUCUAUUUUUCAUUUUCUUCUAUUUCAUCAAAACAUCUCAGCAAUACUUCGCUGGUUGUGAACUAAAAAGAAGAAACUGGCGCUUUAAUACUAAAUAUCAAACGUGGUUCCAUCGAAUUGGAAAGCCAUUAGAAAAAACAGACCAGUACGAGAUUGGUAAGUUCGAAUACUUUGACAACGAAUCAGCAGAAAGCUGGUGUAUUCGUGUUAGAAGUCCAUUUAAAUUUGAAUACCAAUAUAUGGAUGAAUGA